AUGUCCGCCACGACAGCAGACAACCCGAUCUCGACAGUCCUUGAGCGCGCUGCCGCUUCAUCUCACCUGCGAGACUACGACGUCCACCUCAGCACUGACCCUUCAGCAGCGGCGCCACCGCCUAAUUCAGAUCACCAGCCACGAGCAUCACAACAGAGAUCUCACUCGAACCCGCCGAACUGGAAUGGCGCGCACCGUGGAGUACCGCCUCACAGGCCGGUGAACAGAGAUCUUGACUUCAGCCAGCGGCCUUGGAAUGGGCAGCUCGUGGGCGAUGCCUUUGUCUUUACGAUGUUCACAGGCGUAUUCACUAUCUGGAAUCUCAACUGGCUCUGGCGGAACACAGGAGGCAGGUGGAAUAAUAGACUCUUCAGAUAUAAGGUUGGCGGGGAAAUUUGA